AUACACUCCACCAACUGCAUCAUCUAUGCCAUCAAACCUUGUGCCUCUUCCCCUCUUUUCGGUCUCGAACAUUAAUCCCCCAUUGGUGGGUGUGUGGCAACUCACCACUUGGAGGCAAAGCCUAGCAGAACCCUAUUAUCAGGAGGCUCCAUCGAUACCAUCGACUAUGGCCCUGUUAGCAACCCAGAAUGUCAGUAAAUUUGGAACUAUUAAUAGGUUUCUGAGCUGCCUAGAUUGUGACUUUCACGAUCCCGGCAGAAUUAAGGCAAGGGGCUCCCCCUUCUGGGAGUUUGAUGGUGCGAGUUUGUGCGUACAGUUCAACUGCCUGCUGUUGGAGGGGGUCUUUUCGAUAUACGACAGCUGGAGCACAUCGAUCUACACUUGAACUCCUGUAACUGCUUCUAUGUGCUGACGCUGCAUAUGAGUCAUGGUGUGUGGUGGUGAUAUAUCUAUCCUGGAAAUGAUAUUCGAAGUCUCCUAGCCUUGUGCCAGUCGGAAGUCGAUCCUCCGCAGACCCUGAGGAAUGUACAAGGUCCGGUUCUCCAUCCUAUUGCGGCAUUUACCGGUCCUUGGUAUGGAGGAUCCUGCGUCGAUCUACAAUGGGUUACUGGGGCUUCAGAUAUCCGAUGGGGAUACUACCUCAUCAUGAGGAGAACUAUUCAGACUAUUGCGCUUCCUGCGCACCAAAUUUGUGUGCCACGGGUCCACAGAAGUCUUGACCCCCCUGGUUUUCGCGGUUAAUGACGAAGAUGGGAUCCCACUAAGUACAUAUAUAAAUAUCGUACUUCCAGUAUACAUUUAGCUUGAGGUUCGAUUUCA